UUGUUCAACCCGUGUGUUGCACGUGAUGAAGCAGUCUGGCAGUACGGUGCCCUGGGUACCGGUUACGGGGGGCCGGGCAGACAGUCGGGCACAGUCAGGUGACUUAACUUGCAAGUGCUUGAAUGAUGUUUGCUCAAUAAAAAGCAUCUGAAGCAAGGAGAAAGAAAAGGCUUUACAACACACACGUAAGCCGUCUGUGUGACAAGUCAAGAAGAUAUUGAUGACAGAAACCUGUUCGUAAGUGUUGUUAAUCAAGCUACCUUUUCUCCAAGUCCAUGAUGACUGAUACCAUUGGAAAAAGCAUCGACCCUUUUCUGAUUGUGUCAAUUGUUGUUGUUGGUGCAGGGCUGUUGUGGCUGGUGAGAAAGUUCUUUGAAGGAGGAUGGUGCUACAGCAAGGCUCGUCUGGAUGGUAAGACGGUCCUCAUCACCGGGGCAAACACUGGCAUCGGCAAGGAGACUGCCAGAGAUCUGGCCAGGAGAGGAGCUCGUGUGAUUCUAGCGUGCCGUGAUACUGCCAAGGCCGAAGCAGCCCUUGUGGAGAUCAGAGAGGAGACUAGGACCAGCAAUCUGACUGUGGUCAAACUGGACUUGGCUUCUCUUGCCUCGGUGAGAGAGUGUGCAGAGAAGAUCAAAGCAGAAGAGUCAAGGCUAGAUAUUCUCAUCAAUAAUGCAGGAGUCAUGAUGUGCCCUGAGUGGAAGACGGAAGAUGGGUUUGAGAUGCAAUUUGGUGUCAAUCAUCUGGGCCAUUUCCUGCUGACCAACCUGCUGUUGGAUCUCAUCAAGUCCUCCACCCCUGCCCGCAUCCUCAACGUCUCCUCCCUCGCUCAUGAGUUUGGCAAGAUGCAGUGGGACGACAUUCAUAUGAGGACCAACUACGAUCCCAUCAAGGCCUACGGUCAAAGCAAGCUGGCCAACGUGCUCUUCACGUUGGAGCUCAGCAAACGUCUCAAAGAUACCAGCGUGAGUGUCUUUGCCCUGCACCCCGGUAGCGUGACUACUGAACUGACACGGCAUACCAGCUAUUCUCUCAACUUUCCAUUUUGGGUCGUCUUUAUGAUCGCUGGCUCUCCCCUCGGGAGGAUGGUCAUGAAGACUUCCGUCCAAGGAGCCCAGACAUCCAUCUAUUGUGCUGUGGCUGAGGAACUUGCCAACAAAACAGGCCUUUAUUUCAGUGAUUGUGCUGCCAAGAGUCCCAGUAAGCUGGCUGUGGAUGAAGAGUCAGCACGUCGACUAUGGGAACUCAGCGCUGAGAUGGUCAAUCUGGAGAAGAAAGUGGAGUAAUUCGAGUGAAGUGACCAAAGGUUCCAGCUGUUGGUCUUCAGAGUCACCAUGUGGCAAAAUAUUUACGAAUGUUGCAAUAAGCGUGAGCAAUUGGUGAGAAAAAAAUGUUAAAAAAAUAUCAGUAGGGCCUACACAAUGCACAGAUAACAUUUUCUGUGCCUACCUGGUACUUUUUAAAGUGGUACUUUUUAGCAGGGUGUACACUGUACGUUUUCAAGAUCAGCCGAUGGCACAAAACCAAGUUACUCGCAGAGCGCACAGUUGCCUAAAGAUAAUGCACACUUUGUGAGCAGCGCACAUAUGUAUAAGUGUGACAGUAUAUGAUGAGCCAUUGAACCUCUUCCAUGUUGUUGUCAUGAAGCUUAUUUAUGACCUGAUCAGGCAAAUUGAAUCUAUGGUCAAAUUUUUUAUGUGAAGAAACGUCCUAGAGUAAAAUGUCCAAGAUCAAUUUUUUUUUCUUCAUUUUUCGACUUCCAAUACUUAUGAUCCGAAGGUUGUUUCAAAGUUUGGAACUUCAUAGAGAUGAAGUCUACCGUGGUUUACCUUUCAAAGGGAUGGAAUCGAACAACUUGGCCUGGGUCGGAAAACAGCUCAUUUCACUCGAUCGCGUCAUAUUUACAUGUUGAAUCGAAUCUAGAGCUUCAAAACUGUCGUGUAAACAUUGUUGAAAAUGAUCAUGACAUAACAUUUUCAGGGAAGGUAUCUUUGAGGUACACGUACUGUGUGUCCUUUGUAUGCAUGUACUUCAUAUUUAAUAUAAUCCGCUCCAAGCAGAACGACACAGGGCGAUUUUUUUAUUUACCGCAUAUAGGUGCGUUUGAUGCGGAGCACGCCCAGUACACGUAAUUAAUUUAUUCUAGCAUGUAUGGUCUUUGCGUAGGUGCAGAACGCGUGCAAGAACCCGCUUGUAGCCACCUGUCUUUCUUUCGCCGAUUGGGGAUGCACUUCAGCUCGGGGCAGAUUAUUUCGACGUCUCAGCGCUUGCAUUUGUAGUGAUUCAAUAUAGCACAGUUUCCCAACAGUCACUGCCAUAGGCUCCUCAGGUGGCAGCAUGUAAAUGCUUAGCAAUUCAGAAUAUCGAUUAUAUGGUGGCCUUUCAUUUGGCUGGUUUUGUCAUAUCAACUGACAUGGUGACUGUUGUAUGACCACUGUAAUAAAUUGCUCCUAAAUUACCUGGAACCAGUGUGUUCAUUUACACAGUUUCCUUAUGGUUUCAAUUGAGUAGAAUAGAUCACAACCUAAUCACUGGAACUGGAACUUUUGGGGGGGAAACCGGCCCCUUUACGCCGGUCGACAUGUCUUUGCCAAAGCCUCGUGUACAGCUUUCUCAUGCCCAGAAACACUUGACUGGUUUAAAUGGACUGCAAGCCACAGGAAUCCCUUGGUUCUGGGCGCUGUUGUACAGCUCCUCUGCUUCCUGUUGUGGGCGCUGGAAAAUACCAAACGUUUUCCCCUACCCUUUAUGAGACAUGCAUACCAAUCUUGCAGUCAGUUCCAGCUGUCAACAGUGUGCUCCUUUGUACAUGUAUACUUGAAACGCAACUAUGAAUGAUGUCCAGUAGUUUUCACAUUGUGAAGGAAACUCUAAAUACGUACAGAGUUGUGUCUCGGAGAAAUCUGUAGCAUGGACUGGGUAAAGAUUUGACAUUGGGAACUUUUGUCAGAUAUUGAAGCUAAUUAUGACAGAUUAUUCUGUUUGUUUUUUGUUUGAUCACCGACAAAUAUUUGCAUGACUUUGUUUAAUGACACCUCUUAAUUUCGAACGUAUUUAUUCCUGUACUGAUAUGCACGAAUUUUAAUUAUUUAGUUUAAAUAUUGAUUUAUUUUUUGUGUUGUAGCUUUUUGCAACAGUACACGUCCUUUUCAAAUCCCUUGAAUUGCCCAUAAGCUUAUUCAACGAGUAAGUUAUUUUGUAACGCUUCGUUUGACUAAUCUUCUCUCGUAACUAAUGGUUGCUCCGCACUUUGUGAUGUAUUUCCCGUUGAAAGAAACAUCCCCUGUGUAGCAUCCCCUUUCAUGAUAUUUGAUAAUGUUAAUGUACAGUCGUUAAUUUAAAUUCGUAUCGAGGGAAAACACGUAGCAUAAAUGUAUUUUGUGUUAGCCGUGCCUCGCUAGACACAAUUACAUGGAGCCAUAAUCUAGAAUCCUCCAAAUUCUACAUAUGGCAAGGCAAGGGUUAUUAGGAGGCAGAGGUUCCUCCUUGACAAGUAUUUGCUUACAAUAGAAAAGGAUGAUUGCCCGUCUGGUUUCAAUAAUUAUGCAUUUUCUAGCACUGUUGAUAAGGUAGGGACAAUGAUUUUUAGAUUGAAUUUUAAAAUUUUUUGUUACAGAAACCUUAAUUGUUAAAGUAUUUUGAUUUAUCCUCGAGUGAUCACGUAACCGUAAUGAUAAUAGUAUCACGUAAAUGGUAGCAAGCAUUUUUCUCUGAAUAUUAUAUUCUUUUGUUUGAGUUGUGAAUUUGAAAUGAGUUGAAGGUUUUGUGAGCCGGCAAUUAAUGCCUUUUGUUUUGACAUCCCUCCUUUAUAACGACGAAAUAGGCUUACAAUUCCAUAAAAGGCACUUUCAGUUUUAA